CAAGUCGACGACUUGAGCCAACUCCACUGCCCCAAGCAAUGUGAGGUCAGCGACCUGCUGGGUUGCUGCGACGGGCUCCUGCUGUUCCAGGAAUCCCUUCAUCGCAGUUUUUGCGGCUCCGUUUUGUUCGUGUGCAACCCGGUGACCAGGCAGGCGGCUAGGUUGGACUUGAGGCCGCCUUCUUGCCCCGGCUUCAUCAGGCUGUGCGGCUUCUACCGCCACGCCCCGUCCGGCGAGCUCCGGCUCCUCGUCCUCGCCAAUGAACCACAGCCAGCUGGGUCGGCGGCGCACUACGUCUACUCGCUCGCCGCCGACGACGCCGACGCCAGCAAACAACAUCCUCGCCGUCUCGGACCAGUGGCCGACGGUCUAGACCUAGCCCUAGACCAGUUCGCCUAUUUCAUCAACCACUAUGCCCACCAUAGGGGCAAAAUUCACUGGACGAUCCAUCCUCUGGCCAGGAGGACCCAGAAGAUCCUGGCGUUCGACACGGUGUCCGAGGAUUUCCGGCUCAUGUCGCGCCCGGCGGAUCACUGCUGCAACGAAUAUCUCUGCCUCCUGGAGCUGGACGGUAGGCUAGCCGUGACGGCCCCUGGACUCCAUGGAGGUUCCACGGAGCUCUGGGUGCUCGAGGACUACGACGACGACCAGAGCUGGUCACACCGCUUCCGGAUCGUCCUGCCGCCGCGGUUUUCUCGACCAGAUUGGUGUACGGCCACCGGCGUGCCCAACGUCGUUUUUGUGUCAAGGUACCCGACGCUCUACCAUCUUACCGACAAGAGGAUCGUAAAGGAGAUACAACUUGAAAAUGACAAAUCGGUUUACUGCUAUAUUUUCAAGGAUAGCCUUGUGCCACACGCCUUCUUGAACCCCUAUUAAGUUUCCGCAUUAAAUUCACGCCACGAAUCGAUGGUGUACUCAACUCACAUGGAUGUAAUUUGCCUUCACUUAUACUCGAUCAACAUGCAUGUACUCUUCCUUCAUUUCUUAAGGAAAAUAAAUCUUUCA